AUGGCGCAUGCAGGAGUGAUGCUGACUCGAGCAGUCGUCCCGUCCAUGGUAUCUCGUUUCGACGCCACCACCACCACCUCUGGUUCCCGCCAAUGUGACCUUCCCAGAGCCUUCUUCGGCCAACAGCUCGCCUUCGCCCCCUCUUCCGCCGCGUCGCACGCGCAGCCGUCGAAGCUCCCACGAACCUUCCCCUGCGUUCGCAGCAGCGUGAACGGAAACGAGCCCGCGGCGCGGCCGUCCCGUCCCGAGUACAUCCCGAACCGCAUCGACGACCCUAACUACGUCCGCAUCUUCGAUACCACGCUGCGCGACGGCGAGCAGUCGCCCGGCGCGACGCUCACCAGCAAGGAGAAGCUCGACAUCGCGCGCCAGCUGGCGCGGCUCGGCGUCGACAUUAUCGAGGCGGGCUUCCCCAUCGCGUCGCCCGAUGAUCUCGAGGCGGUGCGGACGAUCGCCAAGGAGGUGGGGAAUAACAUCGACCCGCAGACGGGGUACGUGCCCGUGAUUUGCGGGCUGGCGCGCUGCAACAAGGCGGACAUCGACGCGUCGUGGGAGGCGGUGCGGCACGCGGCGCGGCCGCGGAUCCACACGUUCAUCGCGACGAGCGCGAUCCACAUGGAGUACAAGCUGCGCAAGACGCCCGACGAGGUCGUGGAGAUCGCGCGCAACAUGGUGGCGUACGCUAAGAGCCUCGGAUGCAACGACAUCGAGUUCAGCCCUGAAGAUGCUGGCAGGUGGGUGAAGGUCCAAGAGUUCCUGUACCGCAUUCUGGGCGAGGUGAUCAAGGCCGGGGCCACCACGCUGAACAUCCCCGACACGGUGGGGUCUGACCCCGAGUUCCUGUACCGCAUUCUGGGCGAGGUGAUCAAGGCGGGCGCGACAACGCUGAACAUCCCCGACACGGUGGGGUACACCAUGCCGCCCGAGUUCGGAGAUCUGAUCGCCAAGAUCCGCCAGAACACGGAGGGCGCGGAGAAUGUGAUUAUUUCCACGCACUGCCAGAAUGAUUUGGGGCUCGCCACGGCUAACACCCUUGCGGGCGCCAAGGCAGGAGCGCGGCAGCUGGAGGUGACCAUCAACGGGAUUGGCGAGCGGGCUGGCAAUGCGUCGCUGGAAGAGGUGGUGAUGGCGAUCAGGUGUCGCGGGCAGGAGCAGUUCGGAGGGCUGUACACGGGCAUCAACCCCAAGCACAUUGCACUCUCCAGCCGCAUGGUGACGGAGUACACGGGCAUGCUGGUGCAGCCGCACAAGGCCAUUGUGGGCGCCAAUGCCUUUGCGCAUGAGAGUGGCAUCCACCAGGACGGCAUGCUCAAGUACAAGGGCACGUACGAGAUCAUGGCGCCAGAGGACGUGGGCAUCGUGCGCACUGACGCGGCAGGCAUUGUGCUGGGCAAGCACAGUGGCCGGCACGCACUUAAGACCCGCCUGCAGCAGAUGGGGUACGACUUUGACAGCGCGGAGUUGGAUGAGGUGUUCAAGCGGUUCAAAGCGGUGGCGGACAAGAAGAAGAUUGUCACCGAUGGGGACGUGGAGGCUCUUGUGUCCGACUCGGUGUUCCAGCCCAAGACCAUCUGGGAGCUCACCGACCUGCAGGUGGUGUGUGGCACCAUGGGGUUGCCCACGGCGACUGUGAAGCUGGUGGGACCUGAUGGGGUGGAGCAGAUCCAGGCGGCCAUGGGCACGGGGCCGGUGGAUGCCGUUUACAAGGCCAUCAACAACAUUGUUGAUCUGAACGUGGAGCUCACAGAGUACUCGCUCAACUCGGUCACGGAGGGCAUUGACGCCCUGGCCUGCACGCGUGUUGCCAUCCGCUCCACGGGGGAUGCGCACAUGGCCACGCACUCACAGCAUGGCAGCAUUGAGAGGACCUUCAGUGGCAGCGGUGCUGAUGAGGACAUUGUGGUGUCAUCUGCCCGCGCUUACAUAAGCGCCGUGAACAAGAUGCUGGGCUUUGGCGACUCUGCAGCAUCGAUUGCCAGCCGGCACCACGUCAACGUAGCGUGA